AUGGCUGCGGCCCCGGGGCUGCCGGCCCUGCUCCGCGCGCUGCUCCUGCCGCUGGCCCUGUGGGGCGCGCCGUCGGCCCCCGCGCCGCCCUGCCCGGCCGUGUGCGAGCGGGCGCGCUGCCCUCCGCGCUCGCCCCACGCCUGCGCCGCCGCCGGGGGCCUCCUGCAGCCCGACGGCUGCGGCUGCUGCUGGGAGUGCGCGCCGGGCGAGGGACAGCCGUGCGCCCCUGGCGGCCUUUGCGCGCACGGCCUCCUCUGCCGCCGCGGCCCCGGCGGCGGCCGCCAGCGGGGCUCCUGCACGUGCGCCGAGUCCGCGCGCCCCGUCUGCGGCAGCGACGGCCGCACCUACCGCAGCCUCUGCCAGCUGCGCGCCCACAACGGGCAGGGGCGCCUGCGGGACCGGCCGGCCGUCGUCGCCGUGCAGAAGGGCAGCUGCGGGGACACAACUUCUUGCCCGGUGAGUGAUACAGGUAUCCUGUGUCUUGCAGGUGCUGUGGAUACCAAUGGCCUGCGCUACAAGUUCAACUUCAUUGCUGAUGUUGUUGAGAAGAUUGCUCCUGCAGUUGUGCACUUGGAACUCUUCCGCAGGUUGCCUUACUCGAACAAAGAGAUCCUGGUGUCCAGUGGUUCGGGCUUCAUUGUGUCUGAGGAUGGCCUGAUCCUCACCAACGCCCACGUUCUCACUAACAAGCAGAGGAUCCAAGUGGAGCUCAAGAGUGGCCAGAAGUUCGAUGCCAAAGUCCAAGAUGUUGACCACAAGCUGGACAUUGCCCUGAUCAAGAUAAAUACCAAUAUGGUUCUCCCAGUUCUCCUACUGGGCAGAUCCUCUGACCUUCGGCCUGGGGAAUUCGUGGUGGCUCUGGGCAGUCCUUUCUCCUUGCAAAACACCGUGACAACAGGAAUUGUAAGCAGCACUCAGAGAGAUGGCAGAGAGCUUGGGCUGAAGGACUCCGAUAUGGAAUACAUCCAGACGGACGCCAUUAUCAAUUAUGGAAAUUCUGGAGGGCCCUUGGUGAAUUUGGAUGGAGAAGUCAUUGGGAUGAACACGUUGAAGGUGACAGCCGGCAUCUCCUUCGCCAUCCCCUCAGAUCGAAUCCGCCAGUUCCUAGAAGAGUCUCACAAUCGCCAGGUGAAAGGGAACAGUAGACCCAAGAAAAAGUACUUGGGACUCCGCAUGCUUCCUCUCACUUUCAAUCUUAUUCGUGAGCUGAGGCGGAGAGAUAGGGAUUUCCCAGACCUGAGCUCUGGGGUCUACGUCUAUGAAGUGAUUCAAGGAACAGCUGCUGCAAGUGCUGGCUUCCGAGAUGGUGAUGUCAUCAUAGCAAUUAAUGGGAAAACUGUCACUUCGACCCGAGACGUCAUGGAUGCUGUGCAGAACACCAACACGCUGGCCAUUGUGGUGCGGCGAGGAAACGAAGAUGCCAUCUUGACAGUGACUCCAGAUGAAAUUGAUUAAAAGUUGCCCUUCUGCAGCAAAGGAAGGUGUGAAAUCUUAAAUUACAACCGAUAACAAGAGGCA